AUGGUUUCUCGACAUAGAAAAAGAGUCACUUUGGGCCCUUAUUUGCUGCUUUCGACCCUCGGCAAAGGCGAAUUUGCCAAAGUCAAGCUAGGGAUUCAUGUCGAAUCUGGUCAAAAGGUGGCCAUCAAAUUGAUCAAAAUGGAUGAUAUGGAUCGCUCACGCAGGAUCAGGAUCGACCGUGAAAUUAACGUACUAAAGGCAGUCAACCACCCAAACAUUGUAAAGAUGUACAGCGUUAUCGAGACAAGAAAGACAAUGGGCAUUGUUUUAGAAUGUGCUACAGGGGGUGAACUUUUCGACUAUAUCAAUAGCCGACGAAGACUCAAAGAAACCGAAGCACGGCGACUUUUUGCACAAUUGGUAGAUGGCGUGCACCAUUUGCAUCAACGUCAAAUCAUUCAUCGUGACCUUAAGCUCGAGAACCUCUUAUUGGACCAUCACCACAACUUGCUGAUAAUCGAUUUUGGCUUUGCACAUGUGGGGUCACAAGAACAGCAGCACGAGAUGAUAGCGUCAUAUGAGGAGGGGCAAUUACCGUGUUCUCUUUUGGAAACAGCUUGUGGUUCACCAUGCUAUGCAGCACCCGAGCUUGUGUUGACAGAGGAGGGAUACAAAGGCACAGCAGCUGAUAUUUGGUCGUGUGGUGUGAUUCUUUAUGCAAUGCUUUGCGGACAUCUACCCUACCAAGAUGACAACCUUCAUCAGCUCUAUCGCACCAUGGUCAGCCAACCACCCGAAUUCCCCGAUCAUGUUAGUACAAAUGCCCGCGAUUUGAUACAAAAGAUGAUGAUGCCUGAUCCUGAAGAUCGUUGUUCUAUGGCCACCAUCCUCACCCAUCCUUGGCUUCAACAAGAUACAACAUCACAAAAGACAUCAUCGGGGUCACGAUUAGAGAAUAGCAACACGUUUUCAUGCCCUGUUCUCGGUGGCACGUUUUCAUACAGCAAUGCAAACCCACGUCCCUAUUCAUUGACUACAUCAUCAUCUUCUUCACGUCCUCGAAAAGCACAAAGUCUACAACACACCAAUGAGCCACAAUCAAGGAAACCACUUUUUAUGACUUGGCUGUUACGCAAGCGGAGAGGAGCUCAUAUGGCGGAUAUCUUGACAAAAACAGUAGGCAAUGAUGACAGGCCGAGAAUAUACCGUGGCACAGUACCGGAAGUAGAUCAACAUCACAUUAUUGCAUCAACUUGUCCACACAAUGUCAUAGCUGAGCUCAAACACGUUGCCACGUCCAUGGAUAUUGACAUCAAAGAAGAGCGUACCUUCAAGUUGAAAUGCACGCAAAUGCAUUCCAAUGAGCAACUUCAGCCAUCGGUCUUGUCACCGUUCCGAGCGUUUUUGCAGCGGCGACAUCAACGUGAUCACAAGGACGGUUCUACUAUGCAGCACGAGAUCCGCUUCAAUAUUGAAUUACGCCAAAUCGAAAAUCUGACUCAGCUUUACGUCCUCGACAUGAGACGCAUACACGGAGAUCCACACACUUAUAGCGAUCUAUGCAAAAGUCUUGUUGCCAAGUUCCAUGCAAAUCGUAACGCUUAUAGAUGA